AAGACAACUAAAAUCAUUUUGAAAUUGUUGUUUCUCUUACACGACGGCUACGUACUGUCGAUCCUUCUCGAGCUCUGCUAGGAAUCGGGUUCCACCAUCGAGACUGUUGCUGUUAUUAGUAAUUAUAUGUAAUUGAAGAAAAUGUAAUGUGAACAGACGACAAAUCAAACCUUCAAUUGUGAUCCUUUGUUGCUGGCUAAGAUGAAGUCUUAAAAAUACUUCAUUUCAUAGUAAUUGUAGUCCAAUUCAACUUUGACAUCUUUUCUGGGGCGUUUAAUGUACAAAUGAAAUGUGGGAAUUCACACUUAUUCUGAAUGACGGCGCAUUUAGCCACACGUUGUUGCAAAUGCGACAUUCCAAAGGUGAGCGAGGGCUCAAACAAGGGUUAGGUUUUAGGUGAGGUCUCAAAAUAAGGUUUCAAAUUAGGGUUUGAAACCAGGAUUACAGUUGUUAAAUUAGGGUUUCCAGCCAAGGUUACAUUUUCAAAUUAAGGUUUCAAGGCAGGAUUAUGAUUUGAAGCUAGGGUUUCAGAUCUGGGUUAGGGUUUCAAGUUGGGAAUCAAGUUAUGUUUUCAAGCCAGUGUUAGGAUUUCAAAGUAGGGUUUCAAGAUAGAGUUAGGGCUUCAAAUUCAGGUUUCGAACAAGUAUUAGGAUUUUAAAUUUGGGUUUUAAGCCAGUAUUAAGUAUUUCAAAGUAGGGUUUCAAACCAGGGCUAUAGGACUCCAAGACAUGGUUAAGGUUUCAAACAAGCGUUCAGGUUUCCAACUAGGGGUUUCAGGUCGGGGUGGGGUUUUAAGUUAGGUUUGAGCCUAUUUUAACAAAGUACAGAUUUUCAAAUGUACUGGAGCUAAGUAAAAAGUAAAAAAAUCUUGAUGUCGUGAUUCGGGAGUAUUCGAUGAAUCGUCUCGCGAAUGACUCGGAGCACAGCGUUUCAAAUCAUUCGCUCGUUCCCGAGACGAUGAAUGGAAUAAUCCCGAGACGAUCAGUCGCACACGACCUCCGCGUUCCUCUCCGCGUCAGCCACGAUGAGUACCAGAAGUGUGCCGACUGGCUGACGUCUCAGACCAAACACCGCCCCCAAGUGGCCAUCAUCUGCGGUUCGGGUUUGGGCAUGCUGGCCGACGCCCUCAAGUGCCAGGAUUCCUUCCCUUACGCCGACAUCCCGGGUUUCCCGCAGAGCACAGUUCAAGGUCACGCCGGCCGGCUGGUUUUCGGGGAGCUGAAGGGGAAAACGUGCGUGUGCAUGCAGGGCCGAUUCCACAUGUAUGAAGGAUACUCGCUAUGCAAGACCACGUUUCCGGUGCGAGUCUUCAAGCUGCUGGGCGUGGAGACCUUGAUCGUGACCAACGCCGCCGGCUCAGUGGCUGACGGCCUGCGCCCCGGCGACAUCAUGGUCAUCAAGGACCACGUCAACUUCCCCGGCCUGGUGGGUCUGAACCCUCUGAGCGGACCCAACGACGACAAGUUCGGGCCGCGAUUCCCGGCCAUGUCGGGAUGCUACGACAAAGGAUUGCGCUCCCUGGCCGUGGAGAUCGCAAAGCAGAUGGGCGUGGCCGACGUGAUGCAGGAGGGGGUGUACGCCAUGGUGGGGGGACCCACUUUUGAGACCAUCGCUGAGGGCAGACUGCUGCAUCGACUGGGCGUGGACGCUGUCGGCAUGAGUACUGCCCCUGAGGUCGUCAUAGCAACCCACUGCGGUUUGAGGGUCUUUGGCCUCUCUCUCAUCACCAAUAAGGUGGUGAAGAGUUACGAGGACCCGGACAGCGUGGACCACGAGGGCGUUCUGGAGGUGGGCCGCCAGCGCUCUCGCACGCUGCAGCAACUCGUAACCGAACUGGUUGCCAGGAUGGAAAUCAACAACAACAUCAGCAGCAGCAGCAAUAAUACUCUCUGAGAGGAGACGACUCGUUUUCCAUGGAGCGUAUUUUGGGUUCGGAGGGCAAACGAGCCGGAAGCUGCGUGAAACUCCACCGACCUUGGGACCAGACGGCAGAGGAGGAGUCAGACGAGGAGAACAAAGUUUGCCAUCAACAUCACGAUCGCCAUGCCUUCCCGGGUUAACUUCCAGAGUCCGCCGUCCAGCUGGUACAUCGGACGCCGACCUCGAACUGCCUUCACCGACAGCCAAGUAAUCCAGGAAUCCAUUAGUAAUCUGUAUUGAUCACGGAUUACAUUAUUUUAAUCAUGUGUGGUAGGUGAAUGUUCUGGAAGCAGUGUUUCAGGUCAACUGUUAUCCAGGCAUCCAACUGAGGGAACAUCUGGCUGGGAGACUGGAUCUGGAUGAGGACCGCAUACAGAUAUGGUUUCAGAACCGACGGGCCAAACUAAGACGAUCCGUCCGAGA